GUCGGCGAACAGCUCGCGCACGUCGGGAAGCGCUACCGCGGCCGUUGCGGCAGGCCCCGGGUCAGGCGGCCCCUGUCACGUGACGGGGGGCAAGGGCUGCUCCCUGAGCGGCCUCGGCGGGUUGGGGCAUGCGCAGAGCGGUUGUCACUGCCGCGGCUAGUGCUGCUCGCGCUGGGCACGGCGAGGCUCUAUGGGGAGAACAUGGCUCCCUUCCCCGACGAGGUGGAUGUCUUCACGGCUCCGCACUGGCGGAUGAAGCAGCUGGUCGGGCUCUACUGCGACAAGCUUUCCAAGACCAACUUCUCCAACAACAAUGAUUUUCGGGCUCUUCUGCAAUCACUGUAUGCCACAUUCAAGGAAUUUAAAAUGCAUGAGCAGAUUGAAAAUGAAUACAUCAUUGGCUUACUUCAGCAGCGCAGUCGGACUGUAUAUAACGUUCAUUCGGACAACAAACUCUCAGAGAUGCUUAGUCUCUUUGAGAAAGGGCUGAAGAGUGUGAAGAAUGAAUACGAACAGCUAAACUAUGCUAAACAGCUGAAAGAGAGGUUGGAAGCCUUCACCAGGGAUUUCCUUCCUCACAUGAAAGAGGAAGAGGAGGUUUUUCAGCCCAUGUUGAUGGAAUAUUUUACUUACGAAGAAUUGAAGGAUAUUAAAAAGAAAGUUAUUGAUCAACACUGCUCACAGAAAGAAGCUGCAGAACUUGUUAGAGGUCUUAGCCUUUGGAAUCAGCUGAAGAGCUCUGUGGAUGAGAAAACAGAUCAAGAAACUGAAGUGACAGGGCAUACCACAAAUAUUACCCAUCUUCCUCCUGAAGUAAUGCUGACCAUUUUCAGUUACCUUAACCCUCAGGAGUUGUGUCGAUGUAGUCAAGUAAGCUCUAAGUGGUCUCAACUGGUUAAAACUGGAUCUCUUUGGAAACACCUUUACCCUGUUCACUGGGCCAGAGGUGACUGGUACAGUGGUCCUGCAGCUGACCUUGAUACUGAACCUGAUGAGGAGUGGGUGAAAAAUAGAAAAGAUGAAAGUCGGGCUUUUCAGGAAUGGGAUGAAGAUGCUGACAUAGAUGAAUCUGAAGAGGCUGCAGAAGAAUCACUUGCAAUUAACAUAGCACAGAUGGAAAAGCAUUUACUCCAUGGCUUAAUUCAUAAUGUUCUCCCACAUGUAGGCACUUCAGUGAAAACACUAGUACUGGCCUACAGUUCUGCAGUUUCUAACAAAAUGGUUAGACAGUUCUUGGAACUUUGUCCUAACUUGGAACAUCUGGAUCUCACUCAAACUGAUAUUUCAGACUCUGCAUUUGAAAGUUGGUCGUGGGUUGGUUGUUGUCAGAGUCUUCGCCACCUUGAUCUGUCUGGUUGUGAAAAAAUCACAGAUGUGGCCAUGGAGAAGAUUUCCAUAGCAUUGGGAAUCCUAUCAGCUCACAACAACAAAGGAGUUCUGAAAAGUUGCAGAAACCGAAGUGCAAAGACUGUAUGGAGAAACAAAGAUAUUACCAUGCAGUCCAACAGGAAGUACAGUUUGCAUGAUAUAACUAAUGAACCUCUUAUCAAGGAAGAAGGUAAUGAGCACUAUUGGACUAACCCUGUCAGCUCAGAAAGUUUCAGCUCUGCCUAUGUCUGGAUGCUAGAUGCAGAUGAUCUGGCUGAUAUUGAAGAUGCUGCUGUGGGGCGACGCAGAAAUAUUGAGGGACUUUGUGUGUUGGAACCAGCAUCCAGUUUUAGUUGUUCAGGAUCCUGUUACAAUAAAGACAUUGUUGGACUAAGGACUAGUGUCUGUUGGCAGCAGCAUUGUUCGCCUACUGCCUUUACUUAUUGCAGUCACUCAUUUUGUUGUGCUGGGACAGCACUAAGAACUAUACAAGCACUUCCAGAGUCCUCUGCACUGUGUAAAAAAGCAACAAGGACUAGACAGUCAGAGGGAAAAGACUUUGCAUACUCUGGGAGUGAAAAAUCAGACCAAGAGACUGCACGAGUUCUUCAGUUCCUCAGCCUGUCUGGAUGUUAUCAGAUCACAGACCAUGGUCUCAGGGCGUUGACCCUGGGAGGAGGACUGCCGCAUUUGGAACACCUUAAUCUCUCGGGUUGUCUUACUAUAACUGGUGUGGGCCUGCAGGAUUUGGUUGCUGCAUGUCCUUCUUUAAACGAUGAACACUUUUACUACUGUGACAACAUUAACGGUCCUCAUGCUGAAACCGCCAGUGGAUGCCAGAACUUGCAGUGUGGUUUUCGGGCCUGCUGCCGCUCUGGUGAAUGACCCUUGACUUCUGAUCUUUCAGUCUACUUCAUUUAGCUGAGCAGGCUUCCUUUCAUGCACUUUACUUACAGUCCACAUAUUGUGUUAACGAUCCCUUUUGGAGUGUGAUUUAUUCUACUAGCCCCACCCUCGCCCCACAAUUUAAAAUCUUAAUUCUGAGUAAACUGUACCGUGUUGUAACAAUCUCUCAAGUUUCAUUUUGGUUUGAAAGGUGUUGGGUUUUAUUUUACUUAAUGUAUUGGGGAUGGGGAAAUGCUCAUCAGAUUUUUUUUUUCACAGUGCCACUUUUCUCAAAGUUUGGCACUUAUAUUUUGUUCAUUGGAUUAUUUUGUAUUAAGUGAGUGGGACUUACUGUCUUUUUUAUUUUUCAAACACCCCAAGUACAAUAUAAAGCUUUGCAAAUAAUUUGAAAUGUAUUUUUUUGCAUUUUGAUGAUGUACAUCUUUAGAUGUGUUGUUUCUUCCCGUUUCCCCAAAUCCUUCCUUUAUUCUUCAAAAUUAGGGAAAGAUGUUCUUUCUUAUAGCUUUUUUUUUUGGUGGUGGUGGAGGGGUAUUUGGGCUUGAAAAGUAUAUUCAAAUAAAACAUUCCCAUUGACACCACAAUUUUACUUAGCAUUUGAAAUGUAUAUCAUUUUAAAAUGUAAUGACAAAAUGUACAGUGUUGUCAGGUCAAUGAAUACUGCCCACUUUAUGUAGUGGGCUCCACAAAUCAUUUGUAUAUGUACUGUAUUGACAGAGCAACCCCAUGGGACCCCACAUUAUCUCACAUUAUAAAACCUGUUAAGAUGGUGAAUUUUUGAAAGGGAUUUUCAAAUAAUUAAAUUUUUAACCAUAUGAACAAAUGUAAAAAUAAACAGAGCUUUGAGAACUUUGACGGUGAUGAAUAAUCCACUUUGAUUGGAAUGCAGGGAAUCCAACUGCUGACAAGUGUAUGUUGGAGUGAGGUUAGGAACCAAAUCUUCUGUUAGAAACAAGAUCUAUAAUUUUUAUUAAUGUGUUACAGGAAAAGAUAAAGCAUUAAUAAAUAUACUGUCUUUA